AUGAGACGCGCGAGAGUGGCUGCCGGUUUGGGUGCUGUGCUGAUGCUGCUCGCCUCCGGGGUGAGGGGGGACACCCUCGCGACCCUGGGGGCGGUGCUGCCGCCGUUCAUCGCGAACAACUUCGAAGAGCUGGUGAAAGCUGCAGCCGACAGUUGUGAUAUUCUGCCCUUGGAGCUGCUGUUCUCACGAAGGUACACAUCCGAGAUGCCAUUCCUCGACAUGGUGGAGUUCACACGCGGCCGCACCCGAGUUUACAGGAUCUCUGCAGCGCACCAACGCCUCCUCGACCAUCCACCGCCACCAUUGCUCCUCAUCUACGUCCCUGGAUGGUGGAAUACUCCAACAGACGAAUCCUCAGAUGGUUUAGUGACAGCUCUACUUCGAAAAAACCCCAUCGUUUUAGCCGUCGACACAAGACCCAUCUUCCGGCGGGGCUACAUUGCUUCUGCAUCUCGGGUGAAACCAUUAGCUCAUCUCCUAUACAGCUUCAUCAGGAAUGUCCAUCAGCAAGGGUAUCCAUUGUAUUCUAUCCACGUUAUAGGAUUCAGUUUGGGAGCUCACGUCGCCGGGAUGACGGGCAAGUUGGUCCAAAAAGGUUUACGAGGAAGCCUGGGGAGGAUAAUAGCUUUGGAUCCAGCUCGACCGUGUUUCAUGAGGCCUUCUGAGUACCGGCUGAAUAGAAGCGACGCAGACUUCGUUCAUGUAGUCCAUUCCAGCGCUGGAGUGCUGGGUCUCGAGCAUCCAGUGGGAGAUGCAGAUAUUUACGUGAAUGGUGUGUCAGUGAAGCAGCCAGAGUGUAGAGACAGGAGUAUCUCCCUGGAAUGUGAUCACGCGCAAGCUUGGCGGCUGUAUGCAGCUUCGGUGGUGAACGAGCGAUCUCUAAUGGGACGGAAGUGUUUCAGCUGGGAUCAGCUGAUGAGUGGACAGUGUACUGGGAACGAGACGGUAGUGGGGUACUCGUGCAGUGCCAAUUCUAGAGGCAUGUUUCUCUAUAAGUCUAAUAAUGGCGGUGACAUAAGACGGACGGAUACUCAACUGCAAGUCUUCAACCCUUUCGAUAUCUUUUCGUGGUUACGGUUAUAA